AGGAAGUUGGGCUUACUUCACUCCUGGUCUCUGAGGAGGGCCCGGGUGAAGCUCUCUGUCUGGAGAAUGGAGCCAUCCCUUCGGCUGUGGCUACUCGUGCUUGCAUCCACGGGCUGCGGGACAGCCCUGCUGGAUCUAACUGGUGUACAGGAAAUUGAAGGGACCUGGAAAGCAUCCGUCCGCUUGCCAUGUGUAUAUGAACCCUCCGCUGACUUCACACAGGAAACCGUCUUGUGGAAAACCUCUCUGUCAGGUGACGGCAUCAGGACCAUCUUUCGCCGGGAUCCUAACUCUGGGGAUCAGACGCUCUUGACGCAUUUCAAAAACAGAAUCCGUAUUCCGAAAGACCCACCUGGAGAUGUCUCCCUCCUGAUUGAGGACCUGGAUAUGAGUGAUCGUGGGCAGUACACCUGUGAAGUUGUCUGGGUGGCAAGAAACAAGAACCGGAUGAGAAAGGAGAGGAUGACGGUCCUCAGAGUCAUUAAAGUGGCAGUGACCAAGCCUGUCAUCACGGCUGGGAGCCCAGGAUCCAUCUUGCCCAGAGGGAGGAAUACCAGCCUGACCUGCCACACCAAUGGCUCCCCACCCAUUACAUACCAAUGGCUCAAGGCAGCGCAGAGAGGAAAUGAAGACCGAGUCGGUCAGGAUGCCGUACUCCACUUUGACAGCCUGCAGGUAUCGGACACAGGAACAUACUUCUGUGAAGUGGGAAACCGAGUGAGCUCGGCUGUCCAGAGGAGCAAUGCCUUUCAGCUAACUGUGAAAGACCCGUCAGAAUUUCCCACUUCGAACAGACCGAGCUCUGGGAAUGCGGAGACGACCACUGCUGAAAGAAGUCUGGCUCCAACUUCACUCGAGCCUCGAAGGAAUGGCGGAGUUCCAGAGCAGCCUACGGUCAACUCAGCUCCUCAGACGGCCAGCCUCCCCUUCGACGUCAUCGUCCCGAUUGCCGUGCUCAGUGCUGCAGCUGCAGUGCUCCUCGCCAUCUUGGUGGUCGUCUUCCAUAGAAGGAAGUCCAGGCCUGACCACACCUAUGGAGUGACCUACAACAAUCCUGUGUCUCUCGCGAGGGAAGAAGGCAGGCUUGCUGUGACCAGGAUGUCCAGGUGUGAAUCUGAGCAAGUCACCCCAAGGGUUGAGAACAACUACACCACGGAACCUACCCAAAGCUCUGAAUAUGUGCACAUGGACACAAAGUCAGACAGCGACUACGAGAAGCUUGUGCACAAGAUGGAGUCGGAGUACGAAGUGGUAGACACUCAGUGGGGGGCUGGCGUGGCCACAUGGAGGCCAAGCCAGUGAUGGACCUUCAAGCAUGCGGCAAGAGAGGAACGGCCCUCUUCUGCCGCCCUUUCCUCGGGGGCAGCUAUUAGCUUCUGUCACUCGAGGUUCACCCUCAGAAUCUCUUCAUUAGAGCCAGCCGUCCCAUGAGUCUGUCCAGACGCGCAAAGCCAACUGAACUCCCAGCUGCCAUGACAAUGGGCUGUCCACGAGUGCCUGGAAGAAGAGAGCCCGUGGCCCAGACCCAGCCUGGCGCCAUCCAGGCGGAGCAGCAGGCUUCUGCACGUGUUCCCAAAGGUGGGUGGGGAAACGCCCCAGCUCAGCUCUCUGGCCAGAGCGCCAUGGCCACAGCACCAGCCACGAGCUGUGUCUUCGGGGUGGGGGAGCAGCCCUAGGCAGGGCUCUGCCCUUCAGGCCUCUGGGGUCAGUCAGCUCGGAAGGGCCCAACCUUUCUGAGCCUGCGGGCACCACUGGAAUUCUGCCACGUGGUGGUGGUGGGCACAG